UUUUUUCAUCGGAACAUUGAACGCAUCUCAAAUGAAUUUCACCAACUGCUGAAACAUUUAACGACAAACCCUAUCACGAAUGUGAACGAGAAUUCAUUUAAAAUGGUUCAAAAGUCAGAUGCAAUAUAAAUAGUUAUGCUAACUUUAUGUUGCCAAAUUGUGUUAAAAUAAGCAAUGUCAUUAAUUUACUUGUGUUUCAAAUUAUUCAGAGAGAAUUAUCGAUAAUUUGGCGCCAUUCACAUUUUUACUUGUGACAAUACAAUAUCCGAAUUCUAAAUAAUAUGGCUAAAUAUAUAAUAGAUAAAAUGUUUUUAAAUGAACCAAAAUUGAGCUUUACAUAUAACCUAACAUUCAACAUAAUCAACAGACCAAAACAAUCGGCUAGGCAAUCGCCUAAUAUAUUUAGUUCAACCACUAUAAAUGAUAUGAAUGGUAGACAGCAAUUUUUCUCUGCUAACACUUCAUCCAUUCUAAAAAGUACAACAAAUUCAGAACCAUCAAUGGCAGAUGAUUCCAUUGCAAACACCGGUUUACAUUCAGAAAGGCCGUCUACAACCACUUCACGGCGUCGUAAGAAUCAAAGCGGAGAUAAUAAUGGUAGACAGCAAUUUUUCACUGCUAACACUUCACCCUUCCAUGAAAGUACAAAAAAUCCAGAAGCACCAAUGACAGAUGAUUCCAUUGCAAACGCCGAUUUACAUUCAGACAGGCCAUCUACAACCACUUCAGGGCCUCGUGUGAAUCAGAGCGGAGAUAAUCCCAUGCCAGAUAAGUCCAAUGUUAAUAUCGGUAUGCAUUCAGAUAUACCAACAAGCCAAAAACAAAAUCAAAAAAGAAAUAAUAAAAAAAAACCAACAAAAAAUGCACGUCACACUCGACGUCCCACAAAUAUUCCAAGUUCAAGCCAUACUGCAAAUCCCAGUGCAGAUGUACCAAACAACUCAAGUCCACAUGAAAAUCCGAAGGGAACGAGAAGUUCAAAAUCUUCUUCAUCAUCUUCUUCUCGCGAGAUGCCUCCACAAAGUGAUGGCAAUAAUUCCGAUGAUGGCGAACCAAACCCAACGCAAAGUGCAAACGUGUCAAAUGGUCUCUCUGCAGUUAAUAACGACACACCAGAAAUCAUAUUUACACGUAUCUCCCAGAAAGCUGGUGAAUUAUUUUUGGAAUUUUUGAACAAAUCAAAUUCAAAUGUUUGGUCGAGGGAGCCAAGUGCCGUAAAGGAAGAAGUUGUUUUUGAAUGGGGGCAGAAUAGUCGAACCAACUUACGUAAGGUCAAUCUUAAAAAUGAUAUGUGGGCCUACAUUGAAUACACGGAUUCAUUUGGCAAAGUUCCACAAAAAAUGAAGUACAAAGUCCAAGCUGAAGAAGAUUUAAAAGGCUUGUUAGAACUGGUGCACGUGAAUAAAUUCUCGGAACUUGCGAAAAACUUGUGAAAUGAGAAAACAUUAACAAUAAAAUCAAUUCACGAAAAAAAAAUUACGCGAAAAAUUAAUACUUUAUUUAAUAUA